AUGUCGAGCUUUCUGAGGACUGGCAAAAAGAUUGUGGCUAUUGGGCGAAACUAUGCCGACCACGCGAAGGAACUCGGCAAUGCCGUACCGAAGGAACCGUUCUUCUUCCUCAAGCCGACGUCUUCCUACAUCGAGCCAGAGGAGGGCCCCGUAGAGAUUCCUCGAGGCGUUAUCAUGCAUCAUGAAGUCGAACUCGGCGUCGUGAUUGGCAAAAAUGGAAGAGAUAUCAAGACUUCCGAUGCGGAAUCUCACAUUGCAGGAUACACCCUCGCCAUUGACUUGACCGCUCGAAACGUCCAAGAUGCCGUCAAGGCCAAGGGUCUCCCUUGGUCCACGGCGAAAGGAUUCGACACGUUUUGUCCCGUCGGCCCUUUCAUCCCCAAAUCCCGUAUCGCCGACCUCUCCAAAGUCGGACUCCAUUUUUCCGUCAAUGGGACCGUCAAGCAGUCCGGUACAACCGCCGACAUGAUCUUCAAGGUCCCAGACUUGAUCGCGUUUGUAUCGUCCAUAAUGAAACUCGAGGAAGGAGACGUCAUCCUCACGGGAACACCGGCCGGUGUCGGACCCAUCAAUGCGGGCGAGUCAUUCACGGCCAAGCUUACCUACCCUGAUCUCGAGGGCCAAGUCUUGAGUGAAUAUACAAUGAAGUGUGUGGACCGCCAAGGAGGAUACGAGUUCAAAGGCAAAUAG